AUGGCAGCCUUUCCAUACCAUCAGCCACAAUUUUUACUUGCAAAUAGCCCGAGGGAGAUGUGGUCUUGCUACCUUCCCUCAGCAAAUGCCCCUCCAGAGGUUCCUGCAGCAACCGGAGCCAAAGCCCUUGAGAGCAGAAUAAGCUCCCUUGACACUGCUAACAUGGAUCUGUCUUCCCCAUUGGUGGUUGAUUCCACCAGCGCUGAAGGGGUUCCACAAAUGGAGCGUCAUCUGAAGAAGACAAAGAACAGAGAUGCCAUUAGUUUGAGCUCUGAUCAGUCCAAGGAAGUAGCAGUAGGUUACCGUUCGAUGGUGAGAAGGGAGAAGAUUAGUCGGCGGAUGAAGGUUUUGCAGAGUCUUGUCCCUGGCUGUGACAAGGUAACAUUAACUAGACCAAAUGAAGCACAUACUUCUUCUUCUUCUUCUUCUUCUUCAAGAACUUUGCUUGUUGUCCAUGAUGACAAGAUCACAGGAAAGGCCCAGGUGUUGGAUGAGAUAACAAACUACGUGCGAUCCUUGCAAUACCAAGUUGAGUUUCUCUCCAUGAGGCUCGCAUUGCUCAAUUCGACACUCCAUGACUUGGAUGAGGAAUGCAGUGGUGGUCAUCUGGAACAACAGCUGCAGGAAACAUGGAACAUGUGCAAUACUCUGUACUCCAAGCAAGUCCGAUUCAACGACGAGACUUCGACGACGAAGCACCCCAUGGCGGACAACUCUCCGCAUUGA